CUCGAUUUGUUGUGGUAUAGGGGAGGGGCCGCGCCGCUGGCUGCGCUGGGAAGAGAGGAAGGAGAACGGGGAAUGGAGGUCAGGGAGCUGUCUCUUUAGCCCUCUCCUUUUUCUGGCUUAACUCAUGUCCCUGAGCCUCCUCUUCCUGGGCGCGUCCUCAUUUACUCCCCGAGAGAGGACCCUCCCAUUCACUCAGAGGACAAGGACACACAUCCCGGGUUUUCGUUCCGGGGGAGAGCAGUGGUGCCCCAGGCUGGUCCCAUCCCUGCCUCUCAGACCUCUCGGAGCCUCUCCCCAACCCCAUGGUAGCCCCUUUGCCCACUCCUCUUGGUAACCUCCAGAUCCUCCUGUUUGUUCUCUCCAUCGUCCUGCCUGCCCCGGCCCUGAGACAGAGGGAGAGUGAGUGUGUGUGUGUGUGUGUGUGUGUGUGUAAUGAGGGGGGGUGCCUUAGAACUGACACGUCAGUCUGGUGAUGACCCACCUUAUUUUUCUCUCUUAGUUGGAGCAGAGUUCCACCACCUCCCGUCUACAGGGAUAGUCAGGAAGCAGGCUUUAUACCUCCCUCCCCACUCUAGAAGCAGCCUAGAAUAAGCUGCACUCAUUAGCUGUGUGCCCUUAGGCAACUGACUCAAACUUUCUGAACCUCAGCAGCCUCUGUUCAAUGGAGACAAUCUAGCACUAGCUUAUGCGGGGUUGUGAGGGAAAAGAGGGAGGAUUUUGCUGUUAGUGACUGGCCUCAUAAAUGAUAAACCCCUAUGGGAUCCUGGUGAGUGGAGAGUUUGAUGCUAUAUUGCAAGGGUGUUCCUAGAAGCAGAGGUGCAUGAGGGCUGUUGAGGAAGUGGGGAGGUGUUCCAUUUAGUGGCUGCUUUCAGAGCCACAUUUCAGCAGGCCAAGGCAUGGCUGGAGGAAACACCAGAUACUCUGAGCUGGUAUCAUAUCCCUGGUUGCUGCUGGGCGAAGGGAGACAAGAACAAAACACCAGGGCUGGCCUGCUGAAUGUCAGGGGUGGGGGCAGGGGCUGUCCGUGGAGUUGAAUUGUGCCCAGGACUAGACCGGGAGUGCUGAGAGCAGCAAUAGCAGGGAAAGAGGUCAGAAGUAAAUACUUCUCUGAGCCUAAGCUGGAUUUUACUGAGGGGAAGGGGAGAUACUCUCUUCUCCGCACCCUAGUCUCCCAUCUGGUUUGAAACUACACCUGCUCUUAAUUCAGGAACCCUGCGGGCAGGGGGGCGGGGCAGUUUUGGAGACCAAACCUGGUAUGCCAAGGAGAGAAGCUGGGGGUUCCCCACCUUGUUACCUAAUAGCAAAUCUGACACCUGAGCCCUUUCUGCCCAUCCCCCGCCACAGCAGAGCCCUCUUGCCCCUACCUCUCUGGAACAUGUAAAUACUUCUGUUCACCACUCUGUCCUCAGUGCCUGGCUGACAUGCAGAGGUCCUCAGUAAUAGUUGUUUUGUUGAAAGGAUGAAUGAAAGAAGCCCCCUGCCUCCCUCCAGAGGAGUGUGGGUCUGCUGCCCACUCCUUGCCCCUGCAACCCUGGCGUCGGUUGGGGGGCUGAGGAAAGCCUUUGGAGAGUCUGGAGUUUGCCCACGGAGGGGCUAAGGGAGAUUAUCAGGAGGGGUGGGAAAGCCUCUUGAUGGUCUGAGGGACUCCAGCAGAGUCUUGUCUCAGGUUGGGGCCUGGAGCGCUGGCUGCACCUGAGAGUUCAGUCAACCCUUCAGCUCCCCUGCUGAGCGUCCUUAACUCUUAUCUGCCAAGCCACAGGGUGGUUUUAUCACUGGCUGUGUGAGUCUUCUCAGAAUGGCCCUGCUCCCUUCCUCAGGGGGGCCUGAGGAGUUCUCUCCUAAAGUGCCUUAUGCUACCUUCUUAAUUCCGGACCCUCACCCAGGAGCCCAAGGACAAGACCUGCAGCCUGAGCUUGAGCUCAAACCAUCUCCUGGGGCCUGCUUGGAGCCCCUCUGCUCGGAACCCUCUGGUGACAAGCAGCAGCAAGCCUCAGAAGAAGGGAGCUCUCAGCCAGAGGACACCACGAACACUGUCACCAUGACAACCAGUCACCAGCCUCAGGACAGGUACAAAGCUGUCUGGCUUAUUUUCUUCAUGCUGGGUCUGGGGACGCUUCUUCCCUGGAACUUUUUCAUGACGGCCACCAUGUAUUUCACAAACCGCCUGGACAAGUCCUAUAAUAUGUCUUUGGUCACUGCUGAAAUGAACAAGGACGUCGAGGCCUCAGCUGCCCCUGCAGCACCCUCUCCUGAGCGGAGUUUUCUCAGUGCCAUCUUCAACAAUGUCAUGACACUGUGUGCCAUGCUGCCCCUGCUGCUGUUCACGUGCCUCAACUCCUUCCUGCAUCAGAGGAUCCCCCAGUCCCUACGAAUCCUGGGCAGCCUGGUGGCCAUCCUGCUGGUGUUCAUGAUCACUGCCAUCCUGGUGAAGGUACAAAUGGAUGCUCUGCCCUUCUUCAUCAUCACCAUGAUCAAGAUCAUGUUCAUUAAUUCAUUUGGUGCCAUCCUGCAGGGCAGCCUGUUCGGUCUGGCUGGCCUCUUGCCCAUCAGCUACACGGCCCCCAUCAUGAGCGGCCAGGGCCUGGCGGGCUUCUUCUCCUCAGUGGCCAUGAUCUGUGCCAUUGCCAGUGGCUCGGAGCUGUCAGAAAGUGCCUUUGGCUACUUUAUCACAGCCUGUGGGGUCAUCAUUCUGACCAUCAUCUGCUACCUUGGCCUGCCCCAGCUGGAAUUCUACCGCUACUACCAGCAGCACAAGCUCGAAGGGCCUGGGGAGCAGGAGACCAAGUUGGACCUCAUUAGUAAAGAUCCCUCUACAGCCUCUCACCCCCCAGGAGAGGAGCCAGGAACAGGCAAAGAGGAGCCCAGAAUCUCAGCCCCCAACUCUCAGCCCACCUCCAAUAGCCCCUCUAUCAGAGCAAUCCUCAAAAAUAUCUCAGUCCUGGCUUUCUCCGUCUGCUUCGUCUUCACUGUCACCAUUGGAUUAUUUCCUGCCGUGACCGCUGAGGUCAAGUCCAGCAUCGCCGGCAUCAGUGCCUGGAGACACUACUUCAUUCCUGUGUCCUGUUUCUUGACUUUCAAUAUCUUUGACUGGCUGGGCCGGAGCCUCACAGCCAUAUUCAUGUGGCCUGGGAAGGACAGUCACUGGCUGCCAAGCCUGGUGGUGGCCCGGCUUGUGUUUGUGCCCCUGCUGAUGCUGUGCAAUGUGCAUCCACGCAAAUACCUGCCUGUGGUCUUUGAGCACGAUGCCUGGUUCAUCUUCUUCGUGGCUGCCUUCGCCUUCUCCAACGGCUACCUCGCCAGCCUCUGCAUGUGCUUUGGACCCAAGAAAGUGAAACCGGCUGAGGCGGAGACUGCAGGAGCCAUCAUGGCCUUCUUUCUGUGUCUGGGUCUGGCACUGGGGGCUGUCUUCUCCUUCCUGUUCCGGGCCAUUGUGUGACCAUGGAUAGACAGAACUGCACUGCCCGCCUGCGUCUGGCCACCUUCCUUCUCCUUUCAGGGAUGGGCAGGUGUGGUCUGGAGGCUUUCUCUUCCAGCUGACCUCUGAUAUCUCACUGCCUGUGCUGGGCACAGGUGGCCAGGCCUAGGGGAGGGAGCCUCUGUAGGUGGACAGUGGUUCCCACGGCGGGCCUGAGGGUCAAAGUCAAGGGAGGGGGUGCAGUCUCUGCAUCUGCCUAAGCCUGCCCAUGCACUUGGCUCUGACUGGUUUCUGCUUGAGCAGGACCACAGAGGCUCCUGGUCUCAGAGCUGAGUGAGUGAGUGCACUGUAUCUAUAUGUAUGUUUGUUGGCCUGCCCUGGUACCGGUGGCUAGGAACCAGGACUGACCGUUAUAUGGUCUGAUCGGAUUAUUUCCCCUCCUUCUCUUCUCCCCAUGUACUUCCCCCUCCCCGUACCCCCUCCCCUGCUCUCCACACUUAGUUUCUACCCAUCAAGCACCCUGUACAGAUUGCCAUUAUACUGCCUUUUUUUAUACCCAACAGAAACCAGGUGCCCUCAGAGGCUCUGUGAUUAAAUAAACUUUUGUUUUUAUUAUUUUUUUUUCCCCCUUCGUGGCUCCGUGUUUCCUCCAGCCAUGGCUUCAUGCCCUAAAGAAGGUAGAGGGCUGGCGGCCUGAGUCUGGGGGGAAUGAGCAAUGACCCAGCUGGGCCUCUGCCAGGGCUGGGCCCAGGUCCCAGGUCCAAGGGGAGGUAGCCCUCUUGGCUUCAUAGGGAGUGUAGUGCCCCCUUCUGGGGCCAUAGGGAAGGACAGGCCGGGAGCCAGGAUACUGACCAUUGGCCCAAAGGCCAAGUUUUUCUUUUGCCACUUCAUUCCUUCUUCCAUAGGACUGGGGAUGGAGAUGGCUCUCUGUCUUUCCUUUAUCUUCACUACUACCCCCUGUGCUCUGUCCUCAGCCCCAGGCAUGAGCUCUCCAGCACUGGAUAGCAUGGCCCCCUCCCCACUUCAGCUCCUGGUGGCACUCCUGCACCAUCGGGCAGUAAAAGGCUGAGGCCUGAGGGUUCUCCCUUACCUGGCACUCUUCCAUGACACCAAAGCUCAGCCUGCCAGUCUGCCUGGGGAACAAGGGGCCUAUGUGUCCUGCAUUGAAGCUAGGUCCUCCCCUUCUCAUCCCAAACUCUGGCCGAGGGAGGGGUGGGUUGGCAUGGGGGCCCAUAAGAGUGCCUUGGAGAUGGAGGCCGCACCGCUGGGGUGCCCCUUCUCAAAAAUGAUUUCUUGAAUGGUAGUGCAGCUCUGGCCACAGAGGCCCCCGCCUCACUAACCUGGGCCUCGGGUGCAGCCUCAUAUUCCCCCAGAAGGGCAAGAGGUAUUUCCUCAGAGCUCAGCCAGCCAGCAGAUUGCUACAGAGUUGGCACCUCUGACAGGGCUUCAUGUCUCACAUGAAUUUAAUUUAAUUGAAGGCUUCAGACCUCAUUAAGGGUUGUUAGCCCAUUUUUAAGGCUCUUUGAUGAGCUCUGAAACCCUAAUGGGGUAGUUAAGUAUACCAUUAUAUUGGGAAUUAAAGUCUAUGUACUAAUUUGUCAGACUAGGGUACAUAGCUGAGGUUGGUGGAAAAUAAGAUAUUCCUUUCCUCUCAAGUUCAAAAAGUCUGUGGAAGGCCCUUUGGCAAUAAGAGUCAAGCUGUAAGAGACAAACCUGAACCCUUUCUCUUCCCUUGCCCUCAAUCUCCUUGAUUUCCCCCAUUUUACCCUAUACCUGGGAUCCCUGUUGAGUUUCUUCCUUUCAGGGCCAACAGGAAUCCAGUGUUUCUUCCCUGGGUGCAUUCUUGGGUCGGGCCACGUCCUGCCUGGCCUCUUAUGACUUCUUCCCUCCCUGGUCUCCAGUGCAUCCCACCCGUGGCCACAGGAAUAAUUGGAAACCAAAAUGAGGUUUAGGCCAGACCUCUCCCUGGGGUAUGUUCCUACCUUCCAGAGCAUUUCCUGAUCAUUUACCACCACCACCAGCAGCAACAACUAGUUCAUGCCGUUUCUUUCCCCUCUGUACCUCAGAGUUUUUGUAACUUUGUGAUUCUUCUUCUAUCACAUUCUUUUCUUACUCCAGCUACCAGACUGUCAUGUUUUUGAGGGUAGGGUUUACAUUUAACUCAUAGUUUUGAAUCUUCAAGUUACAAGCACUGUACCUGGCUACCAGAGGUACUCAAAUGUUUGCUUCAUUGCGCAAGCUUGUUCCAAGAUGGGGCUUUUUUUUUUUUUUCCAUCCAGAAGCAAUCUUCACAUGCCUGACUCCAGUUGUGUGGCAGCAUUUAUUGGUAUAGAGAGAUACGGGAUGUUAACUAGGUUCCCUGCAAUCCAGCGAUGAUUUGGAGGGAAAAAUGUAUUUAAAAUACAGUCACUUUUCUUUCUGUACUUUACUAUUGACUCUAAAGAAAAUUUUUCCCCAAAAUGUUUUCUAAUGCAAAUAUAGAAACUGUCUCCUCACUUCCUUUCCAUUCUCAUGAUCUCAGUGUCCUAGGCACUAGGGAUUAACAGAAAAGCAGCUACCAGGUCUCCUGCCUGGCUAGCUGCAAUGAUGGCUCCUGACCACAAGUGGGUGCUCUUCAGGCAAACCACCUUUUCGGGGGCAGGACUGGAUAGGGGCUUCCUCCAGGAGUCUGCACCACUUUCCUCCUAGCAUUUUGUUUCCUGUAAAGUGAAGAGGGCUGAGCAUGAGAAUCUAGUAGGUAUCCUUGACCCUGCUGUGACAUUGCCUUCUGUAUAAUGUUCCUGCUCAAAGAAUCAGUCUACAUUCAGCAGCCAUCCUCACUAGAGUGGCUGUCUUUGCAACAUAGAAAUUUUCCUCUUAUUUUAUGGUAAAUUGUUGGGGUUUCAAACACUUUCGAAAGCUAAGUGCCCCAGUCAAAUCAACAGCCCUUAUUGAAAAUAGAAGUGAAGCCUCAGAUAUGACUAAAUGACUAACUGGAAUUUAUCUGCGUAUCUCUUCUUUGAGGUCAAUGUGGGGAAAGCAUGGUGAAGGCAGUGUAAGGGGGAUGACAGAAGAACCCCAAUUCUUGGAAACGCUACUUCUCAGAGUUUGACAGUCACUCAAAAUGGACAUGAGCAGAGAAACGCAGAGUCACUUUAAAGAGAGAGCUCUCCUCUCAGGGCUGAAAGUUCGCUGAGUCUUAUACACAGCUAGAGUGGCAGCCCCAGGGAGGUCAGCUAGCCAGCAGAGCUGACACAGAGGCCAG